AUGGAAGAUUUUUGUGAGCGGCUCCAAGAUUCCAACAAAGACAAUGUUGAUGGAGUGGUGACUCCAAAAGAGAAAACUAAAUGGAAUGAUGAUGACAAAAAGAAAGUGGAGUUGAAUGCUAAAUCCAUUAACCUUCUACACUACGCUAUCAACUUUGAGGAGUACCGAAAGGUGUCUAGAUGCAAGACUGACAAAGAAAUCAGAAAUCAAGUUCAGGGCAAAGAAGGAGAAUCCAAAAAUCAAGAGAAAGAAAUUUCUGGGCCAUCUGAAUCUGAUAAAGCUGCUGCAAGAGAUUCUGCAGGAGACAAUUCUAUUUCGUCUCAUGAAUCUGGCAAAAUUUCCGACAAUACAACUUUUUUGGAUCCUACAGUGACCGAAACUACUCCUAAGUCUACAAGAUUCCGUGAGUGGAGAUUCUUAAAGAAUUAUCUACAUGAAUUUGUCAUUAGGGAUGUUUCUCAAGGUGUUAAGACACGUUCCUCUACAAGAAAAGUUAUGGAGGAAGAGCUUGGUGAAUUUGAAAAGAACCAAGUUUGGACACUUGUUUCAAAGCCAAUUGGAAAGAAAGUGACUGGAACCAAGUGGAUAUUUAGGAACAAAUUAGGAGAAGAUGGUAGCAUUGCUAGAAACAAAGCAAGACUAGUGGUGCAAGGAUAUGAUCAAGAGGAAGGGAUAGACUUUGAUGAAUCCUUUGCCCCUGUUGCCCGAAUGAAAGCCAUAAGACUUCUUCUAGCCUAUGCUGCUCAUUGUGGUUUCAAAUUGUAUCAAAUAGAUGUGAAAUGUGCAUUUCUAAAUGGCGUAAUUGAUAGAGAAGUGUAUGUAGUACAACCACCUGGUUUUGAAAAUAAGAAAUUUUCUAAUCAUGUCUUCAAACUCUCAAAAGCCCUUUAUGGGUUGAGACAAGCUCCUAGGGCUUGGUGUGGGUGA